AUGGGACAAGCGGAAGAGGACAUUGGUCCAUACAGGAGGGACGACGAGGCUGCACUUGGCCAUAGUGGCUCCCACUCCCAAGACACUCUGGUCGUGAAGCCUAUCAAAACAUGGAAGGGAUACAUCUGGGACACAUGGGAGCUUCCCAAGGAUCAGCGCUGGCUCUUGUUUAAAGUGGACGCCUUCGUGCUUACCUUUGCCUCGAUCGGCUACUUUCUCAAGAACCUCGAUUUGUACAACGUCAACAAUGCCUUUCUCAGUGGCAUGGAAGAGGACUUGUCAAUGUAUGGCAACCAGCUCGUCACGAGUACCUCUGUUUUCACAGUCGGCUAUGUCAUUGGACAAAUACCGUCGAAUUUGCUAUUGACGCGAGUUUCGCCGCGAUGGGUUAUACCAGCACUCGAGGUGGGAUGGGGAAUUUCGACUAUGUGCACGUCUGCUGUGAAGUCGUAUAAGGCUCUUUACGCGCUACGAUUCCUCGUAGGUCUCUUCGAAUCUGGGUUUUACCCCGGAAUUCACUACCUUCUUGGGUCAUGGUACACCCCCCGAGAGAUUGGCAAGCGGGCAAUGGUAUUUUGGCUAGCUGGCUCCAUCGGGCAGCUAUUCAGCGGCUUCCUGCAGGCCGCGGCUUAUACGAAUCUAGACGGCGUGGCCGGCCGUGCUGGCUGGCGAUGGCUGUUUAUUAUAGAUGGCAUUAUCACCCUGCCUCUAGCCUUGGCUGGUUUCUUGUUCUUCCCUAACCUUCCACAGUCGGGCAAGAAGACGUGGUGGACGACAGAAGAAGAGCAUAUCCUCUCGGUCAAGCGGAUGCAAGCUGUUGGGCGUGCUGGACCGGAAGCCUGGACGUGGGCUAAGGUCAGAAGGAUCUUGCUAAGCUGGCAAACUUACCUUCUUCCUUUACUGUAUGUGCUCUGGAACAACGGAAUCCCGCAAGUCGGUAUGGGAUACUGGCUGAAGAGCUUUAAUAAGAAGCCCCCUCCUGUCCCCGGCACCCAUUUCACAGUCCCGCAGAUUAAUGGCAUUCCUCUAACUACGACCGGCGUCUUUAUCGUUAUGGCUUUCGUCUGGGGUUGGCUUUCUGAUGGGCCGUGUCGGGGGGCGCGUUGGCCUUUCAUCUAUCUAGGCGCGCUUCUUUUCAGCAUUCUUAUGCGCCAAAUGCCAUUGUACGAAAAUCUCUAUGGUCGUAAAGUUGUCUAUUGGCUCAGUCAGAUUGGUAAUGGUGCAGGCCCACUUAUCUUGAGCUGGAUAAACGAGAUCUGUUCGGGAGACACGGAGAAGAGAGCAUUACUUGUUGCAGUAGGCAAUGAUUUUGCAUACGUCGUUCAGGCAGUUGCACCCAACUUCGUAUGGAAGACGACGGAUUUCCCGGCCGCUAAAAAAGGAUACCUCUGGUCCAUCGUUCUGCAAGUUCUGCUCAUUGUCGUCACUGCCUUGAUUCAGCUUCUUCUAUGGCGCGAUAGGCGAGCGGCGGCCAGAGAGGAGGCCGAGGCAUCGUCGCCGGUGUCUAGUGAUAAUAUCGGUCCGCCGCUGCAAGAAAGUGAUGUCGAUGAGAAGAAGGCUCUUCGCGUUGCUGAAGUUCCGCUGUGA